AUGGUGAAGGAAUUGGUGGACUUCUGGAAUCCUCCAUACACGUGCUUUACAAUAGAUGGAAUCGACAUGGUUCCUAGAAUUGAAGAGUACACCUCGUUACUGCAUUUGAUGACACAACGAUCACCCUACCGUACUUAUGUACCUGAUUCUAGGAUUUCUUUAGCAUGGGAGUUGUAUAACCUUGAUGUGGUCAAGAUUCAAAGAACGGCAGGGGAAAGCAAAAGGAUCACUUGGAAAUGCUUGAAGGAGUUUGUUGACCUCAUAAGUCACGCCCUGCUAACAGAGUUGUUGGAAGAAGAGAAAGGUGAAGAGGUUCAGAUACAUUUGUUCGCACUGGCCGUAUAUGGCCUAAUUAUAUUUCCUAAAGAACUAAGGACCAUUGAUAGAUCCACUAUUUCUUUUGUGGCGCAAGUGAAGAAUGGGGCUAAUCCGUUUCCCGGGAUUUUGGCAGAAACCUUUCGAUCUCUCAACAAAUGCAGGAGCAAAGGCCAGGAACAACUGAAAUGUUGUGUACCAUUACUCUAUGUUUGGUUUGCCAGUCACUUGCCAAGUAACCAAGGGGGGUACCGUAACACCUUUUCAGCUCUUCGAAUCCCCUUAGCCGAGUUCGAGGAGGCUCAGCAGAGUGUUCAAUGGAGCAAGGCUAACUGGAAUGAAAAAUUACACAAACUGAGGGAGUUGGGAUUAGUUUGGCAAGCGCCAUGGAUGAACCAUUCCAACAUGAUGUAUCGAUGUGGAAACUUCUCGUGGGUCCCGUUAUUAGGUCCAUGGGGAGGAAUAGCAUACGCUCCUUUGAUGGUAAGGAGGCAAGUGGGAGCGUCUCAGUUUGUGCCUAUGAUUCACGAAUUAGCUGACUCAGACUUCGCAUAUGAAAUAGCAGACACUCAAAAUCAGAUUAGAAAGUUCAUGGUGGCUUGGAAACAUGUGCACCUAUUAGGUCCAGGUGAUAGAGUUGCCACAGUCCAAGGAAACUAUGAAGCAUGGCAUGAAAAUUGGGUAAACCCCCAACUCAAAAGAAUCCUGAAAGUCGUUAUUGAUCAUACUAAAUCACCAAGAGGGGGCAUGCAAUUAAAGCUACGAGGGGAUCCAUGCCCAACAGAAAAGGGAGAUGCGAGAACAGAAAUGGAAGAUCAGCAUGCAAGGCAAAAGGAGGCACUAGUCUCUGUCUAUCGUAGGGAAAUCAAGCGACAAAAAAAUUGUUAUGCGCAAUCAGAAGAAGAAGUUGUGGCACUAAGGAAGGAAAGACGAAGGCUUCGAGCAGCACUUGAACGGAAAUCUCAAAUGUUAGAAGAUGCCCAUACUGAAAAUAAAAAGAAAUCGCUCUACAUACAGGAGCAGGAGAGGCAGUGGGAUAAGCAGAAAAGCAAGUAUAAUCAAGUACUAGAAAAGAUGGAGCCGUGCAUAACGAAAGCUGGCUACUGGGAGGCCAAGUUUCGAGCUUUGCAUAAGAAGACGACACAGAAAAAUGCAGAGGUUGUGAAAUCAUGA